CGAAGCACGAGUCGCCCGGCCAAACGGAAUCGAACCGUUCAACAGACGAUCGAGACGCGAAGAGAAACGCAACGCAACGCAAAGAAAAGCCUCCGGUGUACCGUACGCAGAACGGAUCGGACAGGCUCCAAACAGGUUUUGUUUCCCGUGCUCCGCGACAAGCGACUUUUUCGUUCCGCCAACCAACCAACCACCAUGCCGUCGGUGUCGUAUCUUCCGCCGACCAUCGCGCAGAUCUAUGCAAAGGCGCUGUACGAUCCCCGGCCCACCACGACCGUCGUCGCACAGAAACAGCUGGCCUACGCACUCGGGUAUCCCAUGGACUGGAGGGUGGAGCGCACCAUCGUCGAAGAGGGGGGAGGGGACGGGGACGGCACGUCCAAGAACGAGAACGAGAAGAAACCCGCCACCAUAGUCAUCAAGGACCGAAUCCACGCGCUGGGGGGCAAACGGAACCAAACCAAGUACACCUGGCUGAACCACGAAGCAGCCCAAAAGGCGGCACUGCUCUUCGAAAAGGAGGGGACCCUCGACCCGCGUGCCAUCGAAGCCAACAACAACAACACCGGCGGCAGCAGCAAGGCAGGCAGCAACGACACCGGAUCCCACCUGCUCCCGGCCACCGCCCUCUUCCAAAAGGGCGACGUCGUCAUGGUCCGGUACGAGGGGGAGUGGUGGUCGGCCACGGUCACCAAAAAGCCAAAGAAAAAGAACGACGACGAGUUUUUCUACAGCGUCCUCUACCACGGGGACGACGCGACCCAGGACGAGAUCGCCGAGGAGGACCUCAAGCCGGGCGAGGAUCCCUCCGAGGUGGCCGUCUCCCUCGGCCUGGACGCCACCUGGACCGCGACCCGGAACGGAUCGCGCUUCGUCAUCACGGCGCCGUGCGGGACCGUCUUUUCCUCCAAGAAGGCGGCCCGCAAGCACCUCCGGGAGCUGGCCAACAAGAAAAAGGGCGGCGGCGGGGGKUCGGCCAAGAAGAAAAAGCGCACCAAGCCGGAGGAGGAGGACGCCGGGGAUCCGCCGUGGAGGACGGGGGGGCACGAUUGGAUCGGGAGAAGGGUGUUCUGGACCUUCAAGCACAAGGCCUCCGCCCGGAGGCAGAUCGCCAUCGAACAGAUCGGCACCAUCGAGGGCUACAUCGACGCCUCCGACACCGACAAGGUACGGAAUCUUGCAGCACGGCACCGGGGUCCGCUUUUCUGCUUCGUUUUGGUGCAUACCAGAAACGAAAGGCGGAAACGCCGUGGGUGGAACAAUUUGGAAGAAACGUCAUCCCGUCGCGAGUGUUGUUGCGUCUCGCUUUUGUAGCGCAUGCCCUGCUUGAUUGGCAUGACUCACCAUUGAAAUUGGACUUUUUUUUGUAUUUCGCGUUUUCUUUUGUUUCGUUUGGUUCCCUUUCGUUCGCCCAGGACGGCAACCCCGGCUUUGUCUCGGAAAAGACCGGCGAGCCCGCCAACCUCUUUCACGUGGUCUUUGGCGACGACCCGGGCCAUCCGUACGCGCAAUACCUGCUCCACAACACCGACGUCGAGGAAUUYGAGAUCGCGGAAUGUCUCCUCCCGGAGGUGGCGGCGGCGCCGAGCGGUGGCGGUGGGGGAGGAAGCAAGUCGCCGUCGAAGAAAAAGAGGCGCCGGUAGUCGAGACGACGAGCAGGGAGUGAGCGAUGCGGGUUGGAUGGAUGUUCAAUUCCACUGUAUAUACUAUAACUAUUAAGGGAUUAAAAAAGCAAUCACGGA